AUGCCAUCUACACCGCCCUCGCCAGCAGAGCGACCAGACACCGCCUCCGGCGCACCAGCCAACGGCUCGGCGCGCAGCCGCAAGCGCCGCAUAGUGCACACAUGCAGCCGCUGCGUACGCCUCAAGCUCAAAUGUAACCACGAGCAGCCGUGCAGCGCGUGUGCCAAGAGCAACGGCGCCGAGCCAUCUCCGCGCAACGAGAGCGACGCCGAGGAGCUCCCUCGGCCAGUCAAGCGCGCGCGCGCCGUGCUCGUCUGCUCGAGAUGCAAGCGCCUCAAGCUGAAAUGCGACCAGGCGACGCCUUGCGCCUCGUGUAUCCGUGGGAGAGUGGGCCACGACUGCGCAUACCACAACUGGCCAACAGAACAGCCUGCCAUCCCUGGCCCGGCGAGCGACCCGAGCCACGCGAGCGCCGAGCUCUUGCCGGAUGCGAGUGUGUCGAGCGUAGGCGUGGGUGAGGGUACGGGCGUGAACGGCUCAAUGCUGGACUCGCGCCUCGCGCAGAUCGAGAAGAAGCUGGAGCGCCUCGCGACCCCGACUCGGACUAUCUCCCAGCCCCUCGCUGCCGCGACCUUUGAAGAGCUAGUGACUUUCUUCCCCGCGGCCGAGGAGUGCCGUCGCCUUGUCGACACGUUCCUGCAAUUCGACCUCAUGUUCCGAACCGUCAUUGCGCAGCACUUUAAUGACCAGGCCGAGAGCGUCAUCAAGCGCCUGCCCCACGUCCAUCAGUCCGAGGCACCGUUCCUCGCCAUGCUGACGGCUGCGCUCGUGAUCGGCACCGAGGCGGCGCCGAAGGACGACUCGCCGGACUACAGGCUGCUCCUGACCCAGUGGAUGACGUAUUGCGAGGACAACGCCCUCUUCACGCUCGACUAUGUCAACGCGGCAGGGCUCGUGAUGAGCACCAACAUGUUUGGCAAGACGGCGUCGCCGUCGUCGUGCUGGCUGGCAACGAUGAAGGCGUAUGGCGCGGCACUGCUGGUGCGCAUACAGCAUGACCAGCCGGGUGAGACGCUCUUCCAGCGGGAACGGCGACGGCGAAUCUGGUGGCAGAUCAAGAUGGGCAGGCAGUUCCUGUCCGCACGAAUGAAGAUCGACCUCGAUCCCGAACUGCACGAUGUCCCAGUACCACUGGUAGUGAGCGACCGCGCGCUCUUAUCCCCGACACCCGAGCUCGAGGUCGGCAUGCCAGAGUGGGCAUAUGUCGACAACAAGAUCACGCUCACGACGUCUUACCUCAUCCCAAAGUCGGCCAUCCUCGCGCAACGCGACCGCCCACCACUCGAGCGCCUCAUGGAGUGUCAGCGCCUACUGGACAAUUACGCUGCCCAGAUCCCGUCCUACCUCGUGCUCUCGUUCUCGCCCACGCCGAACCCCGACCUCCCGCCAUGGAUGUACAUGCAGUCAUGUGUCGUCGCCGUCGGGCUGGCCGAGUCGACGUGCCUGCUGUACCAGCCCUACUUUGGCACCGACAUCCACAGCAUUGUGCUCCCUCCAGCAGUCGAGGCGGCGCACAAGCUCAUCGCGGCCGCCAAGGCCAUGUCGACGUUCCUCCUCUUCACGUGGGUCGACAACAUGGCCACGUCGCUGUGGACUGGCAGCGCAAAGGUGUUCACCGGGGCAAUGGUCAUCGCCUACGCGCUCUUUUCGGAGCCAAAUAACCCCGACGCAGCAGCACAGAUGGCGUCGCUCGACACGGCAAUGGGCGUGCUCCGCGCCAUGUGCACCAAGGCGGGCACGUCGCCGUCGACGCACAAGGCCAUCAGCACGCUCGAGGGGCUGCGCUCUGCAAUCCGCGGCAACAAGCCGCCCGAGACGCCAAAUGUCAUGGACCCGUAUUCUGGCGAGUCGAUGAUGCUGCCGUCUGCCGUGCCGCUCGACCUGCUCAGCGACUUUGUCGAGUGGGAGUCGUUGUUCAAGGACUUAUUCAACGGGCAGGUGCCGAACCAAUCAUUUGUUUAG